AUGAUGGAUCGAUUCAGUCUGGAAGUAGAAACGAUGUACUUCAAUGAUCCCGGAAAUCAGAACAACGUUUUCAAUUUGAAUGCUGAGGACCUGAAGAACCGUAUCGUGGAUAUGAUGGACUUUGUUAAGGAUCCAAUUUCUUCCAACGACUAUUGUCCUGAGGAGGACCCCAAACUCUACCGCAGUCAGAAAACUGGCCGUGGACCACUAAACGAGGAUUGGGUAAACGAGUGCGUUCGAACAGGGAAACCCGUAAUGUGCGCUUAUAAGAUGUGUCGCGUCGAAUUCCGGUAUUGGGGAUUACAGACAAGGGCUGAGCGAUGGAUCCACGAUUUGGCGCUGAGGAACACAAUGCUCAGAGCACAUCGACAGGCGUGGGCAUGGCAAGACGAGUGGGUGGGGUUGACCAUGACUGACAUCAGACGGUGGAAGCUGAAGCAGCUGAACAUCUCUCAGCCGAAUGACGAAGCUGCUGAGGACUCUGACGCCUCGUCUGACAAUCUCUAUUUCGACUGCAGCGACGGUACCUCACUGAACCACAAGCCAUCGAUAAUUCGAUGGAGCUCGGAACUCGAAUUGGAGAUUGUUGAUGAACACUCGCCUCCCUUAACCCCACACGGUCCAAAUGGCGCGGCUUUACUGAUCAUGGUGUUUCAUGGAGAAUUCUCUCUGGAUAACCCAGUCGAUGCGAGGACGAACGACACGAACACUUUCAGCAGGUCCACGAUCGACUCGCUCGUUCAACGACAUUAUCCACAGCUGAGAGGGCGAGUUCAUGUGUUGAUGGUGUCAUGUGGAUCCGAACUCGAUCCGGUCGUCAAUCGUUUGUCAUCAAUUUCAUCCUCGUUUGGAGCCCUUCAUCCAUCAAUGGCACUGAUCAUAUCAAGCGCACAAAGUCACUAUCACGAUGCGAUCGAAGGAACGAUACGACGGGCGAAUGAGGCCUACACCGAGUUUGUUGAAUCCCAACCGCAGUUCAAUGGCGAGGUUUUCGUGGUUGGCGACACACUGGGAGGUUUGUUGCUCUACGAGGCGCUGACUAAAUAUGAUGUGAAAACACGAGUAACUAACUGCAACUCUAGAACGAGCAUCGGGGAAACCGAUGGGAUGUCCAAUCACAUAUAUCCAUCACUGCAUCCCGAGCCAGUCAUUCAAAAAUCACCGUCAAUCAAGUCUGCGAACGCUCGAAUCAGUCCAGCACUUCUUCCUCAAGCUGCCUCGAAAAAGAAAGCAUCUCUUGGGUCCGCGUCUAUUGAUAGUGUCAUGGUCCAAACCCGCAUCAUAUUCCAACCUUCGACGGCAUUCCUUCUGGGGUGUCCGCUCGGUUUGGUUCUCACGCAACGAAAGUUGCUUGGAUAUGACAUCGAUCCGCUGGAAGUAUGUCAAGUGUUCAACCUAUACUACCCGCUUGAUCCGUGCGGUGCUCGGCUGGAGCCAGUCCUUAACCCGCACCUCAGCCUACUUCAACCUGCUAACAUACCAGCGGUACCCCGUGGGAGACGGUCGCCCCUAUAUACUUUGAUUCCUCGGUCGAUCUCACACCUUUAUGGGGUAGCAAACGUAUGGAUCAUGCUCUCUAUUGUCCUACAGCAAUGGUUGCUCUCCCCUCAUCUGCGUUACCGAAUAUUUUACAUGCAUCCUAUUGGGAAUCAUUGGACACUGCUGCGUUCAUACUUCGGCAGUUCGUCAGAAGUGAAGAGUCAGUCGCUACCACCUUUCUGCCAGCCUCAAUCAUCUGCCGCUGAAGAUAGAGUUACCACCGCUGCAAUGGAAAAGGAAAAGAACUCGUUUCAAGACAUCGAUCCGCUGGAAGUAUGUCAAGUGUUCAACCUAUACUACCCGCUUGAUCCGUGCGGUGCUCGGCUGGAGCCAGUCCUUAACCCGCACCUCAGCCUACUUCAACCUGCUAACGUUCCGAGGUAUCAGCGGUAUCCCGUGGGAGACGGUCGUCCUAUAUACUUUGAUUCCUCGGUCGAUCUCACACCUUUAUGGGGUAGCAAACGUAUGGAUCAUGCUCUCUAUUGUCCUACAGGGUUUUUGCCCUACGGCACAAUGGAUCUCGUCGCGCUGACAAGAGAACAAGUGUCCGUCUUCCUAUGUCCCCAAAGAGGUGAUUGGUAUGAAGUUGGCGUGUUCGAGGUAGAUUCUCAUGGUCGUCUACUGGUCUCACUAGGAAUGUCACUUCCAUGUGGAAUCCAUUCCCUCAAGAUGGUUGUGCACGGCGAUCGUUCAUACUUGGAUUCGUUCGUCGCAGUCGUGCCGUCAACAACACGAUGUGUUGUGUUCUCCGUUGACGGCUCACUGACCGCCUCUGUUUCUGUCACUGGAAAAGAUCCACGAGUCCGUCCAGGUGCUGUAGACGUGGUGCGCUAUUGGUUUGAGCAGGGUCAACUGAUACUGUAUCUGACGGCUCGCCCAGAUAUGCAACAAAGGGUAGUGUCGGCGUGGUUGGCUCAACACUGCUUUCCGCAUGGUCUUUUGCUGUUCAAUCCAUCGUUUUCGACAGAUCCACUGAAGCAAAAAUCACUUCACCUUAAACAUAUAACCGAUAUGGGAAUACGGAUACAUGCGGCAUAUGGGAGCAGCAAGGACGUGGCGGUAUACUGUGGUGCUGGGGUCGAUCCGAAACGGAUAGUGUCGGUAUCAGGUGCUCGCCGGCGGGCGUGCAUCGCUAUCGGUAAG